GAAAAAGAACAUGUUAUGUUUGAUCUUGACAGGACUUUCUCAACGAAUCUAUUUUUUCCAAAUAAAUAAAGAAAUUGAUAAACGUACAAAUAAGAAGCACACACACAAAUACAGAUAUUAUGGAAGUAGAUACAAUUAAAGUUCAAGAAAGCAGGAAGACACCGAAGAAAAAAAUGAAUUGGAGAAAAAUCCGUUUGUCAUUGAAAUUCAGGCCUGACAUACUGAAACUCAUUCAUAAAAUGAAGAAAGCUAUUUACAGGAAGAAUAGACUUAUCGCUCAACUCAAAUCUCAACUAAAUUUACUGAUAAAACCUCAUAGUGAAAACAGAACACAAACUGAUUCAAAGCAUGAAGCACAGGACAUCACUAACCCAGAUAAACCCAAUGAAUUGUCCAAAGACAUUUCAGUUGAUAUAAACAAGCAGGAAAAAGGAUGGAAAACUGAAAAUUCUGGGGAGAAAGAGAAGAGCAUAGCGGAUCAAGUCAAAGAAGCAGCGCAAAGUGUUUUACAGCAGUCUGGCAUGGUCUACGUGGAAUCUGCUGGCAUGUACUAUGAUUACAAGACUGGUUACUACUACAAUUCUGAGUUAGGCCUAUAUUAUCACACUGAUACUGGCUGCUACUACUACUAUUCGGAUGACAAACAGUCAUUUGUGUUCCACUCAUACCCAGACCGGAGUAAAAUGGCCACCAAUGCUGCCUUCGAAGCACAUGAGAAAAGAAAAGCUAGAAAACAGAAGAGAGAGUUGAAGAAAGAAGAUGAUGUUGAAAACCUGACGAAAACAUUAUCUCAGGACAAUGGAGAGCAGCGAAGUAAGCCUAAACGUCGCAAGAUUUCAAAGAAGAAAGAAAACAAAAAAGAACCUUCUGAAAAACAUAAUAAGAUUAAUAAUGGAUCGAAGGAUUUCAAAAAUAUUGAUGAUAAUGUUAUUCAAUCAAAGGAAGUUGACAUUGAUGUUAUAUCUAAGGAAGAAGACGCUAUAUUUAAGGAUGAAGAGGUUGUGAGUAAGAAAGAGGAGGUAAUGUCUAAGGAAAACAUUGAAGAUGAAUGCAAGAAAACUGUAGAUAAGGAACAGUUAGAAGAUGGGGAAUGUAGUGAGACAGGAAGUGAAGAUGAAGACGAAAAUUCUGAAAAUACAGAAGAUUCAGAUGCCAGUACUUCAACUGCUACUGAUGAUGAUUCUGUGGCUAAACACCACCCUCCAUGCAUGCGCGUUAUAGUCCGCGAGACGAAGCUGCCCAAAUUGAAGGUGGGCAGUUUGUUCCUGGUGACAAAAGAUGGCGGCACUGUCGGCAGGGAGGGAGAACAACACACCAUUAUCAUCAGAGACACAAAUGUUUCAAGGAAUCACUUGGACUUCAAAUACGAUGCCAAGAGGAACACAUACGUAGCGACAGAUCUGGGUUCCAAGAACGGAACCAUACUCAACGGCACCAGAAUGUCGGAGAGUCAGUUAAUUAGUGAACCUUUAGAUGUGAUGCAUGGCAGCACUAUAGAGAUCGGCGAGACGAAGUUGCUCUGUCACAUACAUCCUGGAAACGACACCUGCGGACACUGCGAGCCGGGGCUCAUCAUGGCAACCCACGAGAAAGAGAAGGUAGUCGCAUACACUCGCACGUGUAGCGUCCAAAGGCAGCACCAAUUAGAACUGGCACGAUUGAAGAACAAAUACGCUCCCAAACCGCUACUUGCCAUAGAGGAGAAGGAGUAUAAUGAUAGAGCGCAGGCGAGGAGGGAGACUGUGGGCUCGUCGCAUCAUUCGGAGAAGACUUUGAGCAGUAAUAUUGACACGUUUAUAGCGCCCGAGAACAAAGGGUUCAAGCUGUUGCAGAAAAUGGGCUGGUCCAAAGGCGAGGGCCUCGGCAAGGACGGCCAAGGAGACGUCGAGCCGAUACCACUUGUCAAUAACGAAGGUAAAGCUGGUCUUGGCGCCGCGGCCCCACCUCCUGCGCCCAUCAAGUACAACGCUCUAGGAAAAGCAACCAUACAUUUAGCUAGUAGAAGUAAACUGCUAAAACCCGCCAAAGCAUUCCAAAACCAAAUGGAUGAAGACGAUGAGGACGAGUAAACUGUUUACUUGUAUGUACAGUAAGCCUCGUAAGGCUUUUACCCAUUUCUUUAUAUAUUAUAACGUCUUUUAUCCCUAAUAAAAUAGUUCAAUUUUAUUAAAGACAAGUCUAGCGUAUUUCGUAUUAAAACUGUUAAAUAUUAUAUUCAAAAGUCACACACUGUAAGUAUAUAAUUUAAAGUUUUAUUCCUGCUUUUUUAUUGAGAAGUGAUUUGUUUAUUCCAGUUAAAAUAAAUUGUAUCUACAUUAUGAUCAAAAAUAAACAGAAACUAGCUUUUUAGAAGUAAAUUAUACCGUGUGUAAUUACUUCCAAAAACCUUUGGUAUUUCUAGAAUUGACAAAAAACUAAUCAUGAAAAUCAGGAUUUUAUCAGACAAUUUAGUAUACUAAACAGCUUAUGUUCAUUUGUUUACUAUUAUACAUCUAAUACUUAU